AUGACGGUCUUCAUCGCAUCAUUAUUUCUCCCCAAAACCGUCCACUUCGCGCUGCCGGGCACCUCCCAACGAGGAGACCCUUUGCGCCGCGUCAAAACCGACAAGGCCCAACGUCCCGAGCCCAAUCGCCAGCCGAGUCUCUUCAACCCGAUCCGUGACAUCACGCCCCCGAUCACGCCGACUGAAGAAGCCAUCGCCGAGGACCCGUUCACGAACGAGGAUGGCUUCCGCAUAUUCCCCGAGGAGGAGCGCAAGCUUGGCGCCCCCGUCGACAAAGGGUCUCCCAAAUGGGGUGCUCGAGCAACCCAGCCUAAGUCACGCGCCAGCUCGCCUCCGCCUGCCCUCAUCGCCGAGCACAGUCGUACACUCGAGAAGGCUAGGGAACUGGGCCGCCAGGGCGUCACCCAGCCUAGGCCCCUCGUUAGAAGCGACAGCCAUGACCGCGUUUUUGCCCACGCCAACUGGCGCAUUAUGAACGCCGACCAGGGCAACGGUGGCCUGCGCAACGCCGCCGAGGCCGCUGCCCGCGACGGCAAGCUUGGCGAAUACACCUGGGUUGGCACUCUUGGUAUGCCCACCGACGCCCUCGAGGGCUCGCAGCAGAAGCAAGACAUCGAGGACAGGCUCGCCACCGAGCACGAUAUGCUCACCGUUUUCACAUCCGACAAGGACUUUGACGGCCACUAUUCACACUUUUGCAAACAGAUCCUAUGGCCCGUUUUCCACUACCAGAUCCCCGACAACCCCAAGAGCAAGGCCUUCGAGGACCACUCGUGGAAGUAUUACGUCAACGUCAACCAAGCCUUCGCCGACAAGAUUAUCAAGAACUGGAAACGCGGCGACGUCAUCUGGGUCCACGACUACCACCUGCUGCUCGUCCCCGGCAUGAUUCGCAAGAAGCUGCCCGAAGCUAAGAUUGGCUUCUUCCUGCACGUCGCCUUCCCCUCGUCCGAGGUUUUCAGGUGUCUCGCUGUGCGCAAACAGCUUCUCGAGGGCAUGCUGGGCGCCAACCUCAUUGGCUUCCAGAUCCACGAGUACACCCGCCACUUCCUCCAGACCUGCAGCAGGCUGCUGAACGUAGAAGCGACCACCGACGGUCUCCAGUUGGAGGACCGCUUCGUCGAUGUCGUCAACCUGCCCAUCGGCAUCGACCCUGUCAGCCUCAGCGAGCACCGGGGCGACGACGACGUGAAGAAAUGGGUCGAGAUCAUGAAGGAGCGCUACCAGGGCAAGAAGCUCAUCGUCGCUCGUGACAAGCUCGACCACGUCCGCGGCGUCCGCCAGAAGCUUCUGUCGUACGAGCUGUUCCUCAACAAGAACCCGGAUUGGCGCGAUAAGACCGUCCUCAUUCAAGUGGCGCUAUCUAGCAGCGAGAAGUCCGACUUGGACGCGACUGUUAGCGACAUCGUCACACGAGUCAACUCCUCAUGGGCGAACCUGGCCUACCAGCCUGUUGUCUAUCUCAAGCAAGACAUCGACUACCCUCAGUACCUCGCUCUGCUGACAAUGGCCGACGCGCUGAUGAUAACCAGUCAGCGUGAGGGCAUGAACCUGACGUCUCACGAAUACCUCUUCUGCCAGGACGGCGAGGUCUUCCCUGAGAAGAAGCACGGCUCCCUAAUCCUUUCCGAGUUUACCGGCACAUCCUCGCUUUUCGGUGGCAAUGAGCUCGCAGUCAACCCCUGGGACUACCGGCAAUGCGCCGACGCCAUCAAGAAGGCCCUCGAGAUGGGCAAUGAGGAGAAGGAGCGCCGUUGGGGCGCUUUGUACUCGGCCGUCAUGCACCACACCGGUUCGCACUGGUUCAGCGAGUUCUUGUCCCGUUUGGACCGCGUGUACGACGAACAGCACAAGCACGACCAGACCUCUGUUCCGCGCCUCAACAUUCACUCCCUGGCCUCGAGAUACAAGAGCAGCAACCGCCGGCUGUUCAUCCUCGACUACGAAGGCACCUUGGUCAGCUGGGGCCCGAUGAACCAAAUCAUUCCCGUUAGUCCUCAGCGUACCCUGGAUGUGCUCAAUGAGUUGUUGCUCGACGAGCGCAACACCGUUUAUAUCAUGUCCGGCCGCCGUCCCGAAGAGCUUGACCGGCUGUUCCGCCGGGUGCCCAACUUGGGUCUCAUUGCCGAGAAUGGUUGCUUCCUCAAGGAUUGUGGCAAGAACACAUGGCAAGAGAUGGCCGACAGGGAACAGAUCUCCAGUUGGAAGGAGUCGGUCAAGUCGAUCAUGACAUACUACCUUGAGCGCACUCCUGGUGCUGAGAUCGAGGAGCGCCGGUGCAGCUUGAUCUUCCACUACAAGAGCGCUGAAGACUACGAGUCUGCAGCCCGCCAAGCUUCUGACUGCGCCAGCCACGUCAACGAUGCCUGCGAGGAGCAGCGCGUUCACGCCAUCCCUCUCGAUGGCUCCAUCCUCGUUGAGCCCAUCGACUGGACCAAGAGCACUGCGGCCGAGAAGAUCUUUGACGACCUUCGCAUCCACAUGGAGCCCGACACGGAGCAUCAGAGUCCUGUCGACUUUCUCAUGGUGGUGGGAGACGGACGCGAGGACGAGAAGGUGUUCAAGUGGGCCAACGCCCUUGGUAGUGAAAAGGUGGUCCAGGACGUGGUUACGGUCAGCUUGCACAGCCGCAACACCGAGGCUGGCUUCACCCUGACGCAGGGUGUGAGCGGUGUUUUACUUGCUCUCCAGAAGCUCGCCACAACCCAAUAA